CUACCGUUGCUAGUCUCUAUGCUUUUGCCAUUUAGUACGAAUUGAGAGUUUUAGGGGAAGUGCAGAUCUUGAUGCUAUGAAUGACCAUGGUGGAGCUUAUGAUUUGAGCCUUGAGGAACUGAUGGAUGAGUAUGCUUCUCGACCUCCACAAGUAGCUGAAUGGUUGUGGUGUAUCGAAUACGUAGCCAAGUUCGUUAAAGAUAUACGUUGCAUUCUCGAUUUGAUGAACAUGGGGUAUCAAUACUCGGAUGAUUAUGGGAGGAGGAUUAAUGAAGUUUUGUCUCUUAGAGUCUUGGAGUUCAUGUUUGAUCCAAGCAAGAAUGAUUCUAGUGGUGUUGGUGUUGGUGUGGCUUCUGCUUCUGAGGAAAGAGUUGAGUUUGAUUUGUCUUUAAGCAAUGCUGAUGUCCUCAGAGCGAUUCUGAGAGAGAUUCCAGCUUCGGAACUGCGAGCAGGCAUGCCGGAGUUAUCAAAGUUCAACGUUCUUCCAUUUAUUGCUUACAAGAACAUGUGUUUGCCACAGUGUGCACUGGAGAAGCUGAGAGAUUUGAGUUUAAUGGAGAAUGAGACAAGUGCAGCUCCUGAGAUAGAAGCAAAUGAUCCUGUUUUUGGAGGUGAUGGACCAGUGCACAUGGAUGCAUGCGAGGAGGAGCCGAUAGAUGAGCAACAAGUGCAUAUUGGUUUGGAUAAAGUAACUCUCACCGACGAUGAAGAUGAGGCAAUGCACACCAAUGGAAAAGAUGAAGUCAUUGUGAUCGAUGAAGAUACAGAGAAUGAUCAAGACAUAGAUGGUGAACACAUUAGCAACGGUUAUACUCAGGGCCGGCUCAAUACUGGUAGGGCCGGCCCUGGUUAUACUACUGGUAAUACAUUUCUUACAAGCUCAAGGAGAUGGCCAGAGAACGCACGUGUGAAAUGUACAAAAGAUGGAACCUGUUUAGUCGGUGGAAGCGAUGAUGAUGUUGAGUCAGAAAUGGUCAAAGAUCCAGCAUUAGCCAAGAAGAAUAAAAACAGUUACACAAACCUUCCAAGAGCCGAGAAUGUAUGCUGGAAAUGUGGAAAAGAAGGAACGUUGUUGAAAUGUAGCAGAAACGAGUGUGCAUCAAAAGUUCACAAGGAAUGCUUGAAUUGUGCGGUUAACUUUGAUGAAGACGGGAACUUUCACUGUCCUGUGUGCUGGUAUGAUGGAGUCGUUGCAGAGUACUUAGAAUCUCAGAAGUUGAUGAGCUCUGCCAAGAGAAGACUGAUGAAUUUUAUGCCUCUGCUUUCAACAAGAAGCAAGAGACUCAGGUGA